AUGGAUCGGGGCAGGUUCAUCCUCGGCCUGCUCACGUUCGUUACCAUCGGGAUGAUGAUCGGUAGGUCAGCUGUAUCGAUUGGCUUACGCGGAGUCUCUUUUGUUGUCUCAAAGUUUCGAUGACAUUUCUUCCCUUUCUCCCUUUAAUCUACGCGUUGUCCAUCCUCUACUAUGCUGGCGUUUUAUAUAUUUGCCGAUGGUUCCUUUUUCCUUACAAUCUACGCGACCAAACGAAUUCAGAUCAAUAAGAAAAUGCAUUUGUUGGGAGAUGCUAUCUUGAUCGUACGAUCUCAGUGAACAGAUGAUUGGAGGAACAGGCAGAAAUGAGGCAAACUAAUAAAAUAUGAUGGUCGCAUUAAAAUGUGAAGUGAGACCUAUUUCAAAAGGUGGAAGAUGAACCAAAGUUUGUCUUAUUGGAGUUUUAGGCGGCAGUAAUGGAUGGCUGGUGAAAUACCCUAUUUAUCUCGCAUAAAAUGGAAUAGAGUUGGACUGAAUAUGGAGCUCAUGCAAUUAGCGGCUGUCUCAUGCAGAUCAUGCAGUCCCAAACUAUCGCACAGUUACCUUUUUCCACCAAAUUACCUUCACAUUAGAGUUUAACUAAUUUCGGAUGUCUCCACUAGCUUGUGAUCGAAAUUUUGGAAGUCACAUGAAAAUGAGCCCUAAUGUUAUGCUACAAUGACCCCACCACAUUUUUUGCGUACAUGAUCAACUCUAACUGUUUCCGAACUUGAAAAACAUGAACACAGACGACGGUCACUGAAAACAAAGUGGGGUAUGAUCUUCUACAAACAGUCAUGCGCUACAUAUGACAUCAUGUGUCUAAUUUUCCCCAUUCCUUUGUGUUAUAAUAUAUCGAGGGCAUUGAUAACUAGCUAUUAGCAGUCGACUACUAAUUAGUUUCUCCUUAAUUUUUUUCUGAACAUAUCUACUGUAUUUCGUUUAAAAGAUGCCUAUCUAUUAAUAAAAUCAUAAAAUAUCUCAAAAGAUUGUUUAACAUUCAUUGUGCUAUUCUUGCUGAAAAUGAUUCAUAUUCCUCAUGAGCAGAAACAAACAGGAAGCUCCCAUUAUUUCUAUAAAUGUGAUCAUGAUGACGUAAACCUUGAUAAUGCUUGAAUCUCAUGACUUGCUUGUGCCAAAACAUGAGGGAGAGUUCUAGGUGGUUGAUAUCGGCUGUAGACUUGUAAUCUUAGAUUGUGAUUAUCUUGCAGCCUAUUAUCUAUAAUAUGAGAGGUUCAUCUGAACGCUAAAAGAAAACAUGGAAAUAUUUAUCUUCCACUUAUUCUGUCUUCUCUAUGUAUGUUGUUUGAUACGUUGGCAGGCAUGUGAUAUUUUUACAUGGAAUUAUCCUAGCGUGACCUUUUGACAGAAAAAUAUUUUCAAAUAUUCUAAAAGCAUUUCACCAAGUACUGUCAUUUGCGCUGGCCUUCUGUACAUUAACGCAGGUGCCCUAUUUCAGUUAGCAUUCAUCAGGCGAUUGGAAGAAUCUUCUGGUAAAUUGAUUUCCUUUUAAUUGCCAUGAUAUCUAAGUUCAGUCGAAUCCCUGCCUGUCACUAUAAGCACUUAAUUGUCACGAGAAAUUUAAUUGUUGAAAAGUUGAAUUGACUCUGACCAAUUACUUCAGUACUUCAGUUAUGUUUUCCAUGAGGCUUAAGAAAUUUCGGAUACAUCUUUGUGUUUCCAUUAAUAGUGAAAUGAUUUCAUGUUUACUUGAUUUUCGCUCCAAGAGAUCCUUUAUUGUAGCUCAUGUUAUUCUGAGUUUCCUAUUUUUUUGGUGAUCCCUUAUUUUAGACAUAGUUGUUGGUUAGUUCCUAGUUGCUAAUAAAUCCAGAUAUCGCUCUUCUUAUUUACAGAAGAGGGCACUGCACAAGGACUUGCUUUUCCACCAAUUUAUUUUUCUCGUCCUUGUAGAUUCUCGUUGUAGGUGCUCUCUUUGUCUUCUGCUGUGUAGAUGGUCAUUGCAAUUGUCUCAAAAAGUUGGCAAAAAAUUACAAACAGCUUCCCUAGAGUAUAAAAUAUGCAUAGAUGCCUUCUGUGAAAUAUUAUUUAAUUAAAACUGCGGCUAUUUUUUCAGCCAGGACUUUAUCAUAACUAUUAUGCAUACAUCCCUUACAUUCUGGUAUGAUGGCAAUUUGGAUCUCUUGGUCGCCACUGCCCAUUUGGCUGCUUCCGUGCCCGUUAUUCUCUGGCCCAAGGGGGCUCUAAGAUCCUGCUGCUUUCCUCCGCGAAACCCUAAAAUGAUAAAGGUAAAAUCUGCUAGGGAAAUGGCAAAAUGCUCAUAUAUUGACCAAUUAGUCACAAGUAAAAGCGAGGAGGCGGUUCCUUGUCUCAAUUCUUGCCACCAACAUAGCCACGCCCUAUCUCGUCCAUCCAGGUAGGGAAUCUGGUUUUUGAAAUACAACUAACUUUCUAUCCAAACUUCCCCUUUUCUUUGGACUCCAUCAUUGACAGUUGAAUAGAUCAUCCCCAAUUAAUCCUAUCAUGGUUUUUUUUUCCAGAGUCCACCUUGAAUUCAAAAUUUUAAUAAAUUUUGUGUCGUAUAUAUAUACAGUCUUAUGCUGCCACUAAUUUGGCCGUUAUGUCUACUCUAUCUGUGGUGCGUCCAUUAUUUUCCAUAUCCUGGUUGCCAUUGCAUUGGUUUUUAUUAUUUGUUCUUCCAUUUUAAGAUACAAACCAAAAUGAACGCAUCUCUAUAUUUGUAUACGGUUUUUUUGUUCUCCCAGUCUUGGUUAUUGUACUUCUUUCUUAAACAUCGUUACAUUUCAAUCUGAAAUGUGAACCAAUACAUUUUAUUGGAUAGUAGUUGGUGAGAGUUGGGUUCCUUCUCACGAAUCAAGAGCAUAUACGUAGGAUUGAGAUAUUUCAUUGUUCAAGAUUGAAAUUGAUGAUACUGACUCCAAAAGUAGCUCUCAUUAGUGUUUUUUCAAUUGCAGAUAAUUUCAAUUGGGCAAACGACAAUGAAGCACAUAUACUUCGUCUUGGAUAUGUAUGUUCUAUUUCACAAUCACUUUCUAGUGUUUGAGUCAAUAUUCUUAAUUAUCUUCCCUAAUUCAUAAGUGAAAUUAAAGUUAUUAAACUUACCAGUAAUCUUGGGACGCUAUUAUGUUGAAGUAUUGUUGUUAGCACGGCAUUAUGAACAUUGUUUAGAUAUCCUAAUUAUUACAAGCCGUCAGGAAAGUUUCAGUAAAUGAUUGAGUUUUGUGGGGAACUAUGUGCUAAAAUCUACGAGAACUGGAUUCAAUUUAUUUUCAAAUUUAAAACUGCUACAUUCUCAGGAUGUAGUGAAAACGAUUGCUUACAGAGACAAUUGUUCUACUGCAUGAAAUGUGUGCUAUAUAAUGGAAAAUGUCAUGCUCAGUAACAUCUAUAUGUUAAAUGGAAGAAACUGAAAUGAUAGUGAUGGGUGGCAGUUAUGCCUGAUAGGUAAAUCAGUGUAAUCGUCCAAUGAAGUGGACAUAUUGGUGAUUCCUAAUCAGCUGUUUACGGAUUCAAAAAUAAUGAAAGCUAAAUAAAAACAACAGAAAAAGUGGAAAUUUGAUUCUCUUGUUCAACAUGAGGACAACGAUCUGAAGAGUGACUAUAAAUUAAACAUUACGUAUUAUUAUUAUUAUUAUUUGAGAAGUGGAUUUUUCUGAAUAACUUGUUAUUUUUUAUCAACUAUCUAUCUCUCUAUUAGCAUAUACACGUUUAGAAAUGACAACGCUUGAGCAACAUGGAAACUGAUGAUGACUUUAUGCCCAAAUAUACUGAUGAAUAGUGCCAUACUUUUCUUAACUAUUGAAAACGGAGUUAGGGAUAUGCUUGUAUAUGGCCAAUGAGUUCUAAAACGAACCCCCACAUACAAGAUCUUCAAUUCUCCACUGAGAAGGUGAAGAUCAAGCUAAGAUCCCAACCUCUAAAAUCGAGGAAUUUAGCCCUUCCCAAUUACAGGAUAUGUAUUCCCUCAUUGUGGAUACAAGUGACUACCCUAUACGUCCAGUGACUGUACCAUAAAAGCUUGCUAUUUCUUUCAUCCUAAAUGACCCAACAUGUUACAUUCAGAAUAAACUGCCUAGCUUUUCCAUCCCCUUAAAUAUCUAUCAUUGAUGUCUUCUGCUCCUCAAUUCACUAUUGUAAGUUCAGUUUAUGUACAAUCAAUAUUCAUCCACCUAAGUUGUAGCAGGCCUCUAAUAUGGUAAAAGGAAAUAAGCUGGUCCUAUGUUCAUGGUCUCCUCUCAAUAACUUCAAAAGAGAAACCAGACCCCAUAUAUGACAAGCCAUCUGAUAUCUUAUGCUUCGAUCUGACAUGAUAUGGCUGGUCGAAUGAAUUAUGAAUUUUUCAUCGCCAUCCCAUUUUGUAUGCCAAUGUAUCCAUCUCUUUCCUUGGGAUUGAACUUUUUUUCAAACAAGCCAAAUAGGCCAAAUUUAGAUUUAAAUGUCUCUGCUAUGGUAGCACGAUUAUCUUCUGUCACCCUGCUAAGGUAAUGGAAACCGCUCUUCUAGAGAUGGAAUCUCAAGAGAUUAAUGCUUUUAUAAUUGAAUUCUUUACCUCAUUUCUGGACAAAGCUGACCCAAACUGUUUAGGGCUUGGUUUCAUGUUCCAUAAUCUCGUCUUUAUGUUAAUUAUUGUGUGAUCACUUCUAACCAGGUGUCAUUGUCGUAGAUGCCCAACUUUCUUAACCAUUUCAUUAGUAAAGCGCGUUUGAGAUCCAUUUAAUGAUGGUACCCAAUAUUCCAUUCUUAUUAUGUCUGUAAAUUGUUCUCCGAUUAACGUCACAUUAUUCUCAUCUCCUGUCCCUUUGGUUGUACCAGUACAAUCUAGUCCUCAUCUCCCCGUUCCUCCUUGGUUCUAUCUUUAUGAUCCCGAUCGGAGAUAGUUUAUUAUUGCGUGAGGUAGCACAUUCCUGCGCAAAAUAUGUCUCCCCCAUUCGAGAGGAUCUUUGUUCCAUCCUAUUUUCAUAUUUUUUGUAGGUAACAUCUCCAAAUAAGGUGGCAGACUUGAAAAGACCCUUUUUCAAGGAUUAUAUAAACAUUGUGUAAGAAAUUGUUGAGUAAAAUGGAGACAUUAUCUUUAUCCUCUUUUUUUUUAGGAAAAGGAAAUGAAAUAGUUGUUUUAAGGCUGAUUAUUCGAGUGUUAUAUGGUUGUAUUUAAUAUUAUGUUCCACCGUCCUUACCAUUUUUGAAAAGUGAUCAUGGCUAACGUUUCUUGAUACUUCACGUGCACGAUAUUUCCAGAAAUGUGCAGAGCCUAACCACCUAUAUGUCUUGUCCUAUUCUCUUAUCCAUUCACAGCAUGCCUUUUUGUCCUACCCAUGUCUUUCCUUUCUUCCUAUGAGUUGUGCAGAUUGCUUACUUGUUCUGGUUUAUGUUUGUUGUUAUGAUAAAAAAUGUGAAUAAAUAUGCUGUUUCCAGGAAGAAAAAUGUCCAUAGACAUUAGUUCAAUAAAAAGCUUACCCAUUCUAUGUUUAUGACGAAGUUAAAACCUGCGUUUAAUUCUUUCGAGUUUCCUAGAUGAUGUUGUGAUACGAUAUUACUUGAUGACGUGAUCUUAAUUUUUUCAGCUGUAAGUUUUUUUAAAGAUAGGGAUGGGUAUCUGUGAGGAUAAAUAUUACCAGGAGAAGAGAUCGCUAACCUCUUGCAUAUUUAAGAUAAGUUUUGGGAUGAACAUUGUGAGAAAGCUCUCCUUUUGAUAGAGGGUUAACUGACAUUCGGAUAAAUAUUGUCCCAGUCUCCCUGGCUUGGUUGGAAGUUUAUAUUAGGAGUCUUACAUUCAUACAUCAGGAAAUGAAAUAAUUAUUUUAUUUGUUUCUUGUUUUUUCUUCCUGUUUCUUUCUUGGAAUGCAGCAACCUUCAUCGUGUAGUGAUGCUUCGGCCUCGUAAUAGAUUGUUGAAAAAAAUGAUUACAUUAUUUUUCGUUGAUUAUUAUAGGUGAAACCCGAGGUAAUCAGCUGGUCACCGCGAAUUAUAGUCUUCCAUAAUUUUCUGAGCAUGGAGGUAUUAUUUUUCUAUGUUUUGGUUCAUUUUUAUUAAAUUCACAUUAGGGUUUGAAUGUCUCAAAUUUGACUUAUAAAUAUGAAAGGAGUUUGUGAGAUUUACCCUUUCUUUGCUAAGAUGUCAAUUUCUUUUUAGAUCAAUGUAAAGAAGCUUCGAACAUCAUUGUUUCCAUCGUUAUCAUCCUAAGGACUCCUGCAAUCAAUCUGACUUCAGGAUUUCUUUGGUAAAUCCUGAGGAUUUGAACAGGCUGGAUAAUUGCCUUUCAGAAGAUGCCAAAGUUCUUUCUAACGACAGCUGACUCGCAAUACAAUAUUAGAAACGAAAUCUCUUGGAUAAUGAUAUAAAAUUCAAGUGGCUAAAUUGGUGGAUGUCAUAUUUCACGACUUGGUUUCAGUAAACAUUGGUUUAGCGACUCGAUUUGUGGUUUCUUGGUAGAAUUACCUUGCAGAUAAUCAAACCACUCCGUGAAUUAGUUCCCCCAAGACCCAUAGCAAUCAUAAUAGCAGUUAUUUCGUUAUUUUUCGCUCUGAAUCCAUUCACGUUUUAUGUGGCCUCUCCAUUUCUUUUGAAGGAACAUUCCACUGUAUAAAAUUCUGAUACGCUUUGAACAUUCCACUUUAUAAUUUUUUAUGUGCUAUGUUAUCUGAUUUUCUUAUUUCGGAGAUAAUACUCAAACAUCAACCAAUCUUUGAAACCUAAUGCAAAGUUUUUCGAGCAGUUUAACUUAACUGGAUCUCUGGUUGUGUCUGUAUGUGAAUGCUAAUAUUGCUGCUUAAUCUCUGCAGGAAUGUGACUAUCUUAAAGCAAUCGCAAGACCUCGCCUGCAGAUUUCUACUGUUGUUGAUGCAAAAACUGGAAAGGCAAGUACAAAAGUAUUGUGCCAAUAAUUUCCUAAAAGCUCUCUGACGUGUUAUCUGUGGUCAAUUGCUUUUCAUUAGUUUUACUAGUAAAAUUACUGCAAUAUCUCUUCAUUACCCUGUGUGUAGUUCACCCAGACGAAUUGGCUUGUACAAUGGUGGUUAUCCAAAGUUCCCAUUGUUGAUGUACAUCUGGUGUAUGUCUGCUUAUGCUGGAUUAUGGAGCCAAAUCUCUGACAAGUCAUAUGAGACUAUACUUACUGAUCUGUAUUAAAAUUCUAGGAUUCUGGGCCGAUGCUUAUCAAUGAUUUUUUUUCUGUAAAUAUCUUGCCAAAAUUAUGUGGCUUUCGACAGAGUGAUCCUAUUCUCUAUUGAAAGUCGUGGUGGGGAUCAGUCUUCCUGAAAUACUGAAGAUCUUUUCAACGAAGAACAGAGGGCCACUUGUAUGCUACUGGAUGGCAAUAUGGUUUCUCCUUUCUUCUUUUGAAGCAACACUCACUCAUGUCUCGCAUAUUAUCUGCCUUUCUGUGAUUUUUUCUUCUUUUUUCUGAGACAUAGUUUAGGUCAAUUGACAAACUUGAGUCUUGGUACAAAAGAACGGUCCAUAUCAUUUGAAAAGCAGGUUGCUGGAUCUGCUCUGAACGAUGCUCCUAACGACACGCGCAUGAUAAAUUUAGUGAAGACUCACGGUUGGCCAUCAGAUGAGAAUGAACACAUUCUAUACCUUACGCCAAUGGUUUCCUGGUCCCAAAAGCAUAUUUAUUAAUUAUUCCUCUCAUACAAUUUAAAUUAUCCCAUUCCCGUUUUCAUUUCCCGUUUCAUAAUUCAGAAAUUCGGAGAGCCUGAAGUAGGAUCUUUUUGUAUAGAAAACUAUUCAUUGAAGCAUUAUGUGUAAGAUAUGCUAGUUUUUCUUCUCGAUCUUCUUUAAUUAUUGAUAAGUUUAUAGAAGCUAAGGAAUUUGGAUCCCCUUGGAAAAUCCUUCGUACCUUCCGAGAGCAUAAUGUGAACAAGUCGGUUAGGAGUUCCUGUCUAUAUAAUCAUCAGUUCUUUGUGUGUUCCAGGGAAUCAAGAGCGACGUUCGCACGAGCUCUGGGAUGUUUCUGAAUUCCGAAGAAAGGAAAUACCCAAUUAUUCAGGUACACCAGCGGAUGAUAGGUGAGAAAAAUAUGAGGCCUCUAGAGGGAUGGGGUCUCCUUUUUCCACUUUGGGGAGGCCCGAGCUGAAGGGGCCAAGGCAUGCUUCAUUCAACCUAGGCCUCUAGUAGUGUGUAUUCCCCCCCCCCUCCCCCUUGUAUUGUUCUCGGAACUGAUAGAAACUCAUUGCUAUGCUUUUGUGCCUGCAUUCGUAACCACGUCUGUUUGCUGAUGGAUCUAAAUAUCACCCAUUUAAUCAGGCGAUUGAGAAACGAAUCGCGGUCUAUUCCCAAAUACCCUCAGAAAAUGGAGAGCUCAUUCAAGUCUUGAGGUAGGCACCUACCAUCAUCAACACAUAAUACUCAUAAUAAUCAUAUCAUCAUGAAAUCCUCCAUUAUGUGAAUCUAAAUCUGGAAACACGCAGGUACGAGAAGGAGCAAUAUUACAAACCCCACCAUGAUUACUUUUCAGACGCCGUGAGAUUCCCGAUGCUAGUUAUAAAUCAUCUGUUUAUUCAUUUAUUUAUUUAUUCGUUGUAGGCACAUCAAUGUUAUGACAGUCAUCAUGUAUUAUUUAUUAUUAACUGCAGUUUAACUUGAAAAGGGGAGGCCAGAGGAUAGCAACCAUGCUUAUGUACUUAAGUGACAACGUGGAAGGGGGGGAAACCUACUUUCCCAUGGUUAGUUUCCCAGCUAAGAUAAAUUUCUUAAUCAUGGUGGUUGCUUUGGAGGUUCCGUUGCCAUCUAGGUGUGGGGGCCCAUAGCCCUUUUGGGGGAAUUUGGGCCUCUUUCCAAGCCCAUGGGAUGGAAUUCGUGAUGGAUGUUAUCACCCUCUUCAUUUCUCACGUUAUCUUCUCGGAUGCUACUUUGAAGCCAAGCCCCAUAUAUCUAUAGUCAUUCUUUCGAUGUGCCGACCGGCGACCGAAUUCCUGUGUGGAAUCUGAAAUUUCUUUUCCUCGGCAAUUCCAAACAUCGAAUUCUCAUUUCCUCUCUUCAUCCGUUCGACUGGAGAGUAGAUUUCUGAUUCCCCUCUCCCCCCCCUCCCUCUCUUUCUUAUGAUGGUGUGUUCCCCAGGCUGGAGAGGGACAAUGCAGCUGCGGUGGGAAGACCGUGAAGGGGAUGUCCGUGAAACCAAGCAAAGGGGGUGCUGUGCUCUUCUGGAGCAUGGUCUGUGGUUCUUUCCCUGUUUUUGAUAAUUCACCGAAAGAUAGUCUACUCGCCUUGAGAAUAUUAACCAUCUUCUUCUUCUUAUUAUUAUUACUACUGACGGGUUGCAGGGACCUGACGGGAGCACAGACCCUAGAAGCAUACAUGGAGGAUGCGAAGUUCUCAAGGGCGAGAAGUGGUCGGCUACAAAAUGGAUGAGGGAGCGAGCCACAAGUUAA